GUGCGGAGCGCAACCUAUUUUAGUGAACGAAAUAACGUGAGUCUCAUAAUCUUCGUGCCGAGUCGGGCGUCAGUUGUCGUCCAUUCGUUCAGUCUGUUUCUGACCUACAAAUUCCUGCCCUCCCGGCCCGCUAUCACACGCUUCGGACCCCCGAGCGAUCCCUUCGAGUUGGGGACUAAAAUCGAUGCCACAUAUUGUGAUCAUGUAUUCGAUGACUGUUCGGCCAAUAAAAAGUGCAAAAUCCGAAGUCCUAAUUGGCCUGGCUUCUAUAAUAGGAAUAUUACGUGUAAAUAUUGGAUAAGACAUUACUCUCCAGUUCCUGCCGGACAUAGGGCCAGAAUAGUGGUCUCACAGAACAACGAAUACAAGAUCUCUUUGUACAGCGGGUCCACUAACACGGCAUCCGGCGAUCACUCGACCUCAACAUCACUCCAAUCUGACUGUCCAUUAGAUAUGGUUCGCAUAUAUGACGGCCAGACAACCGAAUCUCCAGUACUCAUAGAGUUCUGCGGUUCGGGAGUAUUGCCUCCCAUUGUGUCGAGUCGUCCGGAAAUGUUGAUUGUGUUGAGGAGUGCCUCCAAUCAAAUCCUAUACAACUCGCGACUGGAGCUGAACGUAGCGCUCAAGUUAGAGAAGGUUCACGACUCGGCCAUAGGGGGUGAGCGCACCGGUGUCUGUGAUCUGGUUUACGACGGCUCGAAGAUGAGACGCGGACUCAUUGAGACGCCGAAGCACUCCAUACCGGCCAACACUUCGUGCACUUUUAGAUUUGUUUCGCCCAACAGUUGGGAUCGCAUUUGGAUUUACUUCAUGUCGUACUUCAUUCAAGACCGACAUCACUGGUCCAGCGAAGAGCUGUGCGAUGUGAGCAGACUUGAGAUAUACGACUCCGUGCUUACAUCCCAUCCCACCAACGACUCCAGACAAGUCCAUCACAGCCAACAAAAGCACAAAUUAUACAGUUUUUGUGAGAAAACUUCGCCAAAGAUCUGCGGCCGGGCCGCCGACGCCAACCAUUAUCUGCCACUAAAUCCGUGUACAUAUCCUAAUGAGAGCUACUUAUCCGGCGGCUCUGAACUGAUCAUUAAACAGGAGUAUUACAAACACUACGACUUUUAUGUGAGACGCGCCUCAUUUGCCGCACGAUUUGAGUUCAUAGACACCCAUCAGGUCGGCGAACAAAUCGAUGACAAACUCUGCGAUCGACUCUUCAAAAGUGAUGGCAAAUACUUUAAGGGGAGACUGAGUUCGCCUCGAAAUUUGUUUCUAUACGGUAGAGGGGGUCGGGAGAACAUAUCGUGCAGUUAUUACCUCAAAGGGACAGACAGCCAAAGGACCCACUCACCACCAGACGCUACAACAGAUCCAAAGCACAUGAACCACAAUAUGGUGUUUGAUAUGAUCUCAUCAGACGUUGUCCUCAACUUCUCAGUCACGCGAAUGUCUCCCUUCGAGGACUUUAAUGACUACGGCUUUGACGCCUCCUUCGAGUUUGUGCCGGCAUUUGACUGUAAUUCCGGGGGUUUGGUUCAGAGGCGGAACGGUAGCGAAGGGGAGAUUCAGUAUUCUGUGCCUCAAACUUAUAAUUUCAGACGUGACGGACCCCUUAAGUGCAGAUGGAUUAUAGAGGCGUCGUUUGGCAAACAUUUGUUCCUCAAAUUUAAAGGCCAUUUAGCCAUCUCUGAAAGCGAUGAGUGUUUGGAUGCAAAUCGAUUCGUUGUAUACGCGGGCGAUCCUCGGCAUGCGAUCGCCACGGUUUGCACCAAAAGCACAGCCGCAGCUAAUGAUCUAGAUCAUGCUAAUCAAUUAGAAGAAUUUGAUUUAUUCUCGACGUCUUGGUAUAACGAAACGGACACUUUCGCCACAUUCACGGCUAACAAUAUCUAUAAUAAUUACUUCGAGAGCCGAGUAUUCGUUGAGAUAAUAGCGCAAGAGUUGGGAGCGUUUAGUAUGCGAUGGCUUGAAGUGACCAAACCUUUCCUGAGGACUCAGACGGGAAAGACAAUGAGAAACAUUAACUGCAAAGUCGAGUGCCCGGAGAUCAACGCCUGUAUUAGCGAUGAGCUGGUGUGCGAUGGCAUCAGUCACUGUCCGUCUAGUUAUGAUGAAAACAGUCAGUUCUGUCAUAAGUUUCCCACUCUAUAUGUGGUGGCCAUCGGACUACUGCUCAUCUUUAGUCUUCUGGUUAUCUUAAUUGUGAUAACAAUCUAUAGAUUUCAAGAUAAACGUCGCCUACGGCUCAGUCAAUCAAACCAUAGUUCAAACAAUAGUCGAUACAAUCAACAUGAGCCCGAUUAUGUCGAUUACGGCGAAUACCCGCGUUUGGGCAGUGAAUUGAACUUCCGGUCCCUACAUGAAUGCCAUCAGAUCCAGUACACGGACAAUGGCAGCAUGAAUGGUAUGCCAUUGGAGAUCACCCGCUCAUUUGUGCCCCACUAUCACAACAACGUCUUCUAAUCAACUGAUAUGACAUUCUGUGUACAAAAAGUGUGGACAAAGUUUACACAACCAGUUGUGUGUGAGAGAGAGAGGGAGAGAGUGAGUGAAUCGCAAUCACAGCCUAUUCUUCAUGACUUGCAUCUCUCUCUUCUUGUGGUGUUUUAUCAAAAUAAUUGCUCAAAUGAUUGCCGUUGUCUUCUAUUUGUGAAUAAAUGGAUCAAAAGAGUCAGAGAAGUUGUAAAUAAAAAGAAGUGAAAGAAAACAAAAUGAAUGAAUGAAUGACUGAAUAGAGCGGUAACUAAAGCAAAGAUAUAGUAAUGAAGAGAAUAGGCAGAGAUGUGUCCAAUUGGCGUAAAAAAGAUGGCAAAGAAAAUGACUUAUUUUUGCUUUAGCUGUCGAAAAGUGCCUUUUAUUGAUUACUUUUGCUGUGAGACUCUGAGAAAGAGAGGGUUUAAGUCGGUUAUAGUGGAGACAAACUGUAAGACAAUAGUGUAUCGCGUAUACCAACUCCCGUUCCCCUCUAUAUAUUUAGUAUUACUUUGUGUCGUAAUAAUAGUCAAGUUAUACACUAUCUUAUCGGUAAACUGUGGACCUGUUAUUGAGAAAUGAGCUUUUGUUGGGUGCUAUCAGUGCUAUCAAUAUUUCUUAUUGAGAUUAACAUUAAGUAAUGUUCAGUCGCUCAGCAUUUCGGUCGGAAUUAAUUUUCAUAUUAUAUUAUAUAUUGAGUUCACUAACAAAGCCUAAAGUCAUUCAUUUAUUCAAAC